AUGGCUCCUGGAAAUGGCUGUUUUGUGACUGAAUUCAUUCUAGUGGGAUUAACAGACCAGCCAGGUCUCCAACUCCCUUUGUUCUUCCUGUUUCUAGUAAUGUACGUGGUCACUGUGUUGGGAAAUUUGAGUUUGGUAAUUCUAAUUGGACUGAAUUCACACCUGCACACCCCCAUGUACUUUUUCCUCUUUAACUUGUCCUUCAUAGACCUCUGCUAUUCUUCUGUGUUUACACCUAAAAUGCUGAUGAACUUUAUAUCAGAGAAGAAUGUUAUCUCCUACAGGGGGUGCAUGACCCAGCUUUUCUUUUUUUGUUUUUUUGCCAUUUCUGAAACUAACGUGCUGACAUCAAUGGCCUAUGAUCGCUAUGUGGCCAUCUGUAACCCUCUUUUGUAUAACAUUGCCAUGUCCCCUAAAGUGUGUUGCAGCCUUAUGCUCGGAUCAUACUUGAUGGCCUUCUCGGGUGCUGUAGCCCACACUGUAUGCAUGCUGAGGCUGACCUUCUGUGAUGUCAACACCAUCAACCACUAUUUGUGUGACAUCCUCCCUGUGCUCCAGCUGUCCUGCACCAGCACCUACAUAAAUGAGGUUGUGGUUUUUAUUGCAGCAGGCAUCAUCUUCACUGUGUCUACCGUCACCAUCUUUAUCUCUUAUGGUUUUAUUCUUUCCAGCAUCCUCCGUAUCAGGACUAAAGAGGGCAGGUCCAAAGCCUUCAGCACCUGCAGUUCCCACAUAAUUGCUGUUUCUCUGUUUUUUGGAUCAGGCAUAUAUAUGUACCUCAAACCAUCCUCAACUGAAUCCAUGGAUGAAGGAAAAAUCUCUUCUGUCUUUUACACCAAUACAGUUCCUUUGAUGAAUCCCUUAAUCUACAGUUUGAGGAACAAAGAUGUUCAACUUGCCCUGAGAAAAACCAUUAGUAGGAGAAAGGUGUGA